GUGCGCACGGCGCUUCGCCCCGCCUCACGGGCGCCCUAGCCUCGCGCCGGCCUCCAGCUCCCGGCUCCCGGGGCUGAGGUGGAGCCGGUGGACGCCGGCCGGGCUGUGGCGCAGCAGUGUCCUUUCUGCGCGCGCGCCUGAAGUCGGCGUGAGCGUUUGAGGAAGCUGGGAUACAGCAUUUAAUGAAACAUUUACGCUUAAGAAGUAAAAAUGGCAGGCUUCCUAGACAAUUUUCGUUGGCCAGAAUGUGAGUGUAUUGACUGGGGCGAGAGAAGAAAUGCUGUGGCGUCUGUUGUCGCAGGUAUAUUGUUUUUUACAGGCUGGUGGAUAAUGAUUGAUGCAGCUGUGGUGUAUCCUAAGCCAGAACAGUUGAACCAUGCCUUUCACACAUGUGGUGUAUUUUCCACCUUGGCUUUCUUCAUGAUAAAUGCUGUAUCCAAUGCUCAGGUGAGAGGUGAUAGCUAUGAAAGCGGCUGUUUAGGAAGAACAGGUGCUCGAGUUUGGCUUUUCAUUGGUUUCAUGUUGAUGUUUGGGUCACUUAUUGCUUCCAUGUGGAUUCUUUUUGGUGCAUAUGUUACCCAAAAUACUGAUGUUUAUCCGGGUCUAGCUGUGUUUUUUCAAAAUGCACUUAUAUUUUUUAGUACUCUGAUCUACAAAUUUGGAAGAACUGAAGAGCUAUGGACCUGAGAUCACUUCUUAAGUCACAUUUUCCUUUUGUUAUAUUCUGUUUGUAGAUAAGUUUUUUAUCUCUCUGUACACAUUGCCAAAUGGAGUAGAUUGUACACUAAAUGUUUUGUUUCUUUAAAUUUUUAUGUUCCGAGUUUUGAAAUAGUUUUAUGAAACGUCUUUAUUUUUCAUUGCGUAGACUGUUAAUACUAAUAUGUAUAUAAUACAAGACUAUAUGAAUUGGA